GCCGUCGAGUCGCGAAGUGUUCACACGUGUGAUCAGUAUUUGUUAUGGGACGACGGUUAUCGGAUGGGCAUUACGAAAGGGCGCGCAUUAUUUUAAUGUUGGUCGAAUUUCAGUGUAUAUAGUGAUACAGUUGUGACCAUUCUGGAACCUAUCUUGGGGAACGUGCGUAAUUUAUUCGAUGUAGUAGAUAGAUAAUUGUUACUGAACUUCGCGUCACCCGCUCUGCAUGAAAAAAACUUUUUGAAUUUGUUUAUACUUUGUAACAUGUAGAUGGUGUCUAGCCUAUAAUAAAGAAAUUAUUAAAAGGGCAACAGUAAUCUAUGAUCAGAACAAAUGGAUAUCGAAGGUGCAAUACACUACAUGCUGCACAACGUGACGAGCCUGAGAGGACUAUACACUUUCCUGGUGGAAGACUUAGCAGAUGGCAGAACAAGAGAUCUACCAUUGCUGCAUAACCCGAUAUGGAUCACAUUGUGUAUUGGAGUUUAUUUGUUGCUUGUGUUGCGGGUGGUUCCAGAGUUUAUGCAAGACAGGAAGGCACUUCAGCUGAAAUAUAUUAUAAUUGUUUAUGACAUCUUCCAAAUGUUGGGUAGUGGAGUCUCAAUAUACUUAUUCUAUCGCCACGGAUGGACUUUCCAGUACUUCUACAAGUGCAAAGCACCUGAUUUUUCCUACGAUGCAGACUCCGUGGGAUUUGUCUACGCUGCCUAUUUCACAUUCCUGCUGAAAAUGUCUGAACUUAUAGAAACUGUGAUGUACGCUUUGCGGAAAAAGAAUGCACAAAUCAGCCGCUUCCACGUGUAUCAUCACUGUUAUGCUCUAGUGACGUCUUGGGGCUUUGCCAAAUAUGGAGGAGGGAGUAUGCUCAGCUAUACAAUUAUUGUAAACAGCAUAGUACAUAUAUUUAUGUACGCAUACUAUCUCAGUUCCAUAUUUGCGAAACAGAUUCCAUUUAGUUUAGUUCCAGUCAAAAAGUUCAUCACAUUACUUCAAAUCACUCAACUAAUAACCGUGCUGAUCAAUUUGGGCUUUGCAAUGCGUCCCGAUUGCCCUGUGCCGGCCGGUCACUGCCUUUUCCAUGGUCCCAAUAUGGCCCUGCAAAUAAAAUUAUUUGCUGAUUUCUAUCUGAAAACGUACACAUCGAAAAAGUUGACGAAAGAAAAUCAAGCGUUAUCCAAUGAGGUGGUCGUGAAUGUUUCAAAUAACACGUACAAGCGGAAAUGAAGGUGAAAGUUUAUAUCGA